ACCAUAUCAACACCCAAAAAAGUUCCAGAGAGAGAGAGAGAGCAAGCUAGCGAAGAUGCUCAUCAAAGAGACCCAUCAGGAUGUCCCUGCCACGGCGGACGGCAAGUCUUCUAUGCGCAUCUUCCUCUUUCAUCCUACUAUCACCAACUACCCUCAUGCUCGAUUUCCGGGCGUAGUUGUCUUUUCGGAGAUUUACCAAGUCACCGGCCCCGUUGCACGAUUUGCCAGACAGAUUGCCAGCCAAGGUUACAUUGUCGCCGCGCCGUCGUCGUAUCACGAAUUCGUCGGCCCGGAGCCCUUGGCAUAUGAUGGCCCCGGCACGGAUCUUGGCAACGAGCUCAAGGUGAAAAAGAAAGUCGCUGCGUAUGACGAAGAUGCUUCUCUCGCAGUAAGCGCUCUUUUGGAUCUGCCGACGUGCAACGGCCGCAUCGGCGCAACAGGCAUGUGUCUGGGCGGCCACCUGGCGUACCGGUGCGCGCUAGACUCGCGCGUCAAUGCCGCCGUGUGUUAUUUUGCCACGGACAUUCACAGCAGUACUCUCGGCGAGGGCGACGACAGCCUGAAGCGCGCCGGGGACAUUAAAGGCGAAUUGGUCAUGAUUUUCGGCAAAAAAGACAACCACGUCCCUCCCCAGGGCCGCGAUCUGAUCCGCCAAACUCUGCACGACGCCAACGUCUGCUUCAACUGGUACGAAGUCGCUUGGGCUCAACAUGCAUUCAUCCGCGACGAAUCCAGCAAAGGCCGCUACGACCCAGCCAUUUCCAAAAUCUGUUUCGAGAUGCUCCUCGAGCUGUUCAACCGCGCGCUGCGAUCGGAUUUGGGUCCGCGCGUGGCUGACGCUGGCAAGAUUGAGAAUAUUUGCUAGAUUUUUUUUUUUUUUAUUUUGUAUCUUUUUUGUAUCUUUUUUUGUUAUCUAUUUUUUAUUU